UUUCAAUACAUAUUUAAUAUAUCUAUUUUCCUUUCGUAUCAGUUUUUAGAUUAAAGUAAACUAUUGUUUUUUCUUUUCUUUCUGAAAAUGCUUUUACCGUUGGGGCUCCAAGAGAAUCAGCGGCAGAAAAUUAAGGAUCUAAUCAUGGAUACUUGUGCCACUGUCAGUCGCCCUAUCAUGGUUUUCCAUAAUCAAAACCCUAAACUUCAACCUCUUUCUCUUUUCCUGUUUCAGCUUAUUGUUUUCUUGCUCCAUCUCUUACCAAUAUCAAGGGUCAAGAAAAAUGGAGCCCUCCAACAAUGAAGACAUCGCCCAUGAGUUUCGUUUCUUCAAAGUUUACAAAGAUGGUCGUCUCGAAAUGUUUAAUCAAAUCCAUACAGUUCCUCCAUCUGAUGACCCUCUUACAGGGGUCAAGUCCCUGGAUGUUGUCAUUUCAUCCCAGCCUUCUUCUCUAUCGGUUCGUAUUUUCUUGCCUAUUAUUCAUGACCCGACAAGGAGACUCCCUCUCUUAUUCCACAUCCAUGGGGGUGGGUUCUGCUUCGAAUCCGCUUUUUCACUACCUCAUCGAGGGUACCUCUCCACCUUGGCUGCUGAAGCUAAUGCCAUCGUAGUAUCCGUAGAGUACGGGUUGUUUCCGGAUCGACCUAUACCCGCUUGUUAUGAGGAUUCAUGGGCGGGGCUUCAAUGGGUAGCAACCCAUGUAAAUGGGGAUGGACCUGAAACUUGGCUGAAUGAGCAUGCGGAUUUUGGGCGGGUUUUCAUUGGUGGAGAUAGCGCUGGAGGUAACAUUUCCCACAACUUAGUAGUACGGGUAGGAUCAAUGGGUCUACUUGGAGUGAAAGUGGUUGGUAUGGUAUUGGUGCAUCCAUGUUUUGGUGGUACGGAUGAUGACAAAAUGUGGUUAUAUAUGUGCCCAUCCAAUGAUGGGUUGGAUGAUCCAAGACUCAAACCAAGUGUACAAGAUUUGGCCAAGCUUGGUUGUGACAAGGCGUUGGUGUUUGUGUCUGAAAAAGACCAUUUGAGAGUAGUGGGACAAUGGUACUAUGAUGAGUUAAAGAGAAGUGGGUGGAAAGGAAAUGUAGAUAUUGUAGAAAACAAAGAUGAAGGGCAUUGCUUUCAUAUUGAGAACUUGACAAGUGAAAAUUCUGUUGCUCUGAUUAAAAGAUGCGCUGCAUUCAUCAAGGAUUAAUAGAGUUGCAUUAGCAUAUAUGAAAGAAGAACGUUUGUGUUGAUUUCUUAACAAAUUUGAGUAAGAUGUUCCAGUUUUGGUUCGAAUGCAUGAUUCAAAUGAAUAUCAAAAGAUAGAAUUGAGAUAGUGAUAUACAUUGUCUUGAAAACAUACUUUUUAAGCUUGUGAUUCUUGCAAUAGAAUGGAAAUCCAUCUGAUUAGCAAAUGAAAUGUCAUGUAUGUAUAUAAAUAUAACUAACGGUAUGAAAUUCAAUCUUAAAUUUAUCCCACUUCUGUUCUCUAAAAUUCUGAGCACAACUCCACCAGCUGCAUCACUUUUUGUCCGACUAGAAGCAUGCAUAUCUGAACCC